AUGAUCAGAAGGCCCUCUACCGGCCCGCCGGCCACCGGGACCACGGCACUCUCCCGGACUAGACAUCCGCUAGACUCUACACUACGGAGGCAGAGGAUAUCAAAUCUUCCGACCUCUAGGUCACCUCCAUCGUUGGUUCGAAACCAUUCAUCCCACGCAAGUCGACUUGGUCAGAAUACACUCCCUACUUCUAAUAUCAGUGGUCCGAGCCGACUUCCCCGACGAGUCGAUAGAGUGUCAGACAGGGACACAUCGCGUCCAUUACGCGCCACCAUCGAACAAACUUCGCAGGAACUGGAAGUCGGUGAUUCUUCACCCUUGGUUGGUGGGCAACUCGCCACUGCUCGAUCUUCUUGUCGCUUCCGAAACGAACUAUCGACGGAGAGUGUGAGUGGGAAUCGACUGGAUGAAACUCCCUCCGGGCUGGACUCUGCGAGGAGACGAGGAGUUGAUGCACAUGGUGAGAUUGGCAAUGUGACACGCGACCUUGAACGUGCCUUGAGUAGGUUACCACAGGUUCACCAAGAGAUCGACAUUGAGAGACAGAGUCGAGGAGAAGCCGAAGGACAGGUUGCGGAGAAGGAAGAACAGAACAAAGGACUUCGCGAAGAGAUAGCCGAGCUCAAACGCAAGCUUCAGGCCUCCGAGAGCGAUAGAACGAUCCUGUCCGAGAAAUUAGGCCACAAGGCGGAACUAGAGGCGAAGGUGCAAAAACUUCAAACAAGCAACGCCAAUCUCCAGAAUGAGCUUCGAAUAAGCCAAGAAAAAAACCAAGACAUGACUGAUCAAGCCAUCCAGAACACCGACACGAUUGGUGAACUCGAGAAGAAGCUUGCAAAAUCCGAGGACGAUAAACAGGCCAUGUCCAAACAGCUGGCCCAGAACACAGAGACGAUUGAUAAGCUUGGUGAGAAACUUACGACUUUUAAGGGAAACAACAGAGAACUUCGGAGGCAGUUGGAUGAGACCAACAGAAGAGCGUCAUUGUUGACCGCCCAUCGCGAAGAAGCCGAAAAGAGCUUAAACAAGAUAUCUGUCGAAUGCUAUAAUGCAAAUGAAGAAAGAAACUCAUUGAAUCAUAAACUUCAAGAAUGUGAAAAGAGAGUUCAAGAGCUAGAAAGCCUUACAGCCACCUGUGAGAGGGAAUUCGAGGAAAAAUACAAUAAACUUGAUCAAACACGCAAGGAAUCUGACUUAAUUGCUGAGUCUCAUCAGGCUCGCUUCGAAAAAGAGAUAUUAAUACUCGAAUCCAAAAACGAAACACUAAAUAAAGAGAAGCAUAGCCUGAACACACGAAAUGUCUUCCUCCAGCGAAAGGUCCGCCAAAUCUCCUCCCGGCUACGAGCAAGCCGGCGACAUCUCGCCGACGAAAGCGCAAAUUCCAAGAAGUUCCGAAAUCAGGAAAAAGCACUUUCAACUCUACUAAUUGAAGUCAAAGAAGAGCAAACAAGAUUAUCCUUUGCCAAUAGAGACCUAGAAGCUCUAAUCUCGACCUUGCGAAAAGACAUCACAACCCUCGAAGAUGGGGCCUCUGCUGUUCAGUUAGCAUUAGAAGACACCAAGAAGGAGUCCUCUAAUCCUCAAGACAACCCCCGGGUUAUAACUACGCCAAACGGACCUUUGGCGCGUAAAAACGAAUUGAAGCGAGCUAUAGGCUUUAUUCGCGAAGUGGUACGUGGUCACGGUCACUUCUCCCUCGCCAACCUGACCCCAUCUGACAACAUCUCCCGCAGCUCCAUCACGCACUCCACACUCACCAGCCCCUCAGAAACAAACCAAUCCCAGACCCAAAUCCACCGCUCCACGCUAACAAACUCCCAUCUGGAAAACAGCGACCUGCACCGCUGCGCCGUGCACAAUGCAACGAUCGCCUCGUCGGUCCUGGAUCGAUGUACUGUGAGCGACUCGGUGGGGGACGAGAGCCGGAUGGAACGGAGUCAGGUGGUUUCGAGUCGAGUGGUGAAGAGUCUUGUGAAUAGGGCUACGGUGGAUUUCCCCGGCGAGAUGCUGGAGGAAAGGACCGUGGAGGCGUGGAUGAGGAUGGAGGCGGAUUCCGAGAGUGUGGAUAGUGGGGAGGAUGCGAAUGGGAAGCCGAGGGAGAAUAUCCAUGAGGCGCCGCCGCCAUACUCGGAAUUGCCUUAG